AUGCAAGUAAGAGGUGAUACUGGCCAAGGAGCAAGAACAUGGAUAAAACAAAUUUUGAAUCAAGACAUGGCUUUCCAACAUAUAAAAGUAAUUUACCCAACGGCUCCUGCCAGACCAUAUACACCUAUGAAAGGAGCCUUUUCCACUGUGUGGUUUGACAGAUAUAAGAUUUCUAAUGAUUGUCCAGAACACAUUGAAAGUAUUGAUUCUAUGUGCCGGGGACUUACAGACUUGAUCAACGAUGAGAUUAAAAACGGCAUUGCAAAGAACAGGAUACUAAUAGGAGGCUUUUCAAUGGGAGGUGGAAUGGCAAUGCAUUUAGCAUAUAGGUUUCAUCAGGAUCUGGCAGGAGUCUUUGCUUUGUCUAGUUUUCUCAAUAAAGACUCUGCUGUUUACCAGGCUUUGAAAAGAAAUGAAAGUGUUCUUCCAGAAUUAUUUCAGUGUCAUGGAACCGCUGAUGAUCUAGUUCUGUACUCAUGGGGUGAAGAGACCAACAAGAUGUUGAAGUCACUGGGAGUAUCAACAUCACUUCAUACUUUUCCAAACCUUAAUCAUGAGUUAAGCAGAACUGAAAUAGAAAAACUAAAAACCUGGGUUGUAAAGAAAUUACCUGUUGAAGCAGCAAAGACAAAUGAAUAAAAGAAGAUGCAGCUUUCAUAUACUUCCUGACUUUUGUGGUUUUAAGAUCAUGCGUGGCAUGUAUAUGGGUUAUAUAUACAUAUAUAUACACACACAUAUACGUUAUAUAAGCACAGCUUCAGGCAGACACUGUUGUAUUCCAUAAAGUUCACUUAAGUGGUGAAAUGAUGGUGCUGACUACUAACACUCAUUUUAUCGUAUGGGUUUCUUUUUCUGUUUUCUUGUCCGGUUUUUAAAUACACAUCCACAUCAGUCUGUGGAAAAUAAUGACUGAUAAUAUUAAAACCAUUCCUAAAUAAUCAAAACAGUAUUCAGAAAGCAUUGCUCUGAAUUUCCCAGCUACCUUUUUCUUUUCUUUUUUUUUUUUUGGUGUGUUUUCUAAGAUGGAAAAAUAUACAGUGGUAUGGUUGUCUUUCUAAUGGCAUUACAGGAGAAAAAGGCCAAUUAUUAAAAUAAUGGACUUUUACUUGUAGAAAUACAUGCAUAUAUUCAAAUUAGUUCACUGAGAGGAACUGUAUUGGCUUCGGUUGGUUUCUCGGCAUGUGGGAAUGAACCUGCCCCAAAGCAGAGUUGUAUGUCACCUCAAAAAAAUAACUGAGGUUUGUGUUACAUUUUUAAAAGUCAUAAGUAGCCGUGUCUACGUAUUACCACAGGCUCUUGUUAUUACCCAUUCUCAUUAUUUUGUUACUCAGAGAUCUAGCUUUGUGUGUGUUGUUUGAGCCCUGUGAGGAUUAUAGUGUCGUUUUU